AUGGUUGGCACUCAUCAAUUACCACCCAACUUGCUCAAGCUCUUUGCCCCCCGUCCCCCACUUCCCUACUCUAAACCACUUGGACGGGAUCCCGAUGUCUCAAUCCAUAAAAAACACAUCAGCUGUGUCUCACCUCUUCUCGAUCGUCUGAAGUUGGAAGCCGCCAGUACCAAUGAGGAUGGCGUCAAUCAGGAAAAUGGAGAGAAGGACCCCUUGGUCGACCGGAUGCCACCUGAGACCUUGACUGAUUCGAUGCAAGUUCGGUUCGAACGCCGCCAGGAAGAACGCCGUCGGAGGAAAGAAGAACAACUAGCACGAGAAGAAAAUUAUGAUCCCAAACAAGAUCCAAAUGCGACUGGGGAUCCAUAUCGAACGCUAUUCAUCUCUCGACUAUCAUACGAAGUGACCGAAUCGGAUCUGAAGCGAGAGUUUGACAUGUAUGGACCGAUUGAUAAACUGGUGAUCGUAAAGAAUAAACUGACGGGUAAAAGUCCAGGGGUAUGCGUUCAUACUGUUCGAACGUGA